AUGGGGGGUGAGGAAGGAGGUGAGGUUGGAUCAUUAAAUGCAUGCUUCCUUGCCAAGAGGAACUUCCAAGUUGAUAUAUAUGAAGCUAGAGAAGACAUCCGAGUGACUAAAUCUGCACGUGGAAGAAGCAUUAAUUUGGCCCUUUCUUAUAGAGGACGACAAGCCUUGAAAGCCGUUGGCCUGGAAGAUCAGGUUGUAGCCUACGGUAUCCCCAUGAGAGCAAGAAUGAUACAUUCUCUUUCAGGAAAAAAGUCUGCUAUCCCCUAUGGGACAAAGUCACAGUAUAUUCUUUCUAUAAGCAGAGAAAAUCUAAACAAGGAUCUACUGACGGCUGUUGAGAAAUACUCCAAUGCAAAAGUGCACUUUGGCCACAAGCUGGUGAAAUGUAAUCCUGAGAAAGGAGUAAUCACAGUUCUUGGACAGGACAAAGUUCCCAAAGAUGUCACCUGUGACCUCAUUGUAGGAUGUGAUGGAGCCUUUUCCACUGUUAGAACUCACCUCAUGAAGAAACCCCGCUUUGAUUACAGUCAACAAUACAUUCCUCAUGGGUACAUGGAGCUGAGUAUUCCACCUAAGAAUGGGGAUUAUGCCAUGGAACCUAAUUAUCUACAUAUUUGGCCUAGAGAUACCUUUAUGAUGAUUGCACUUCCUAACACGAACAAAUCUUUCACAUGUACUUUGUUCAUGCCUUUUGAAGACUUUGAAAAACUGCUAACUAGUCGUGAUGUGCUGGACUUCUUCCAGAAAUACUUUCCGGAUUCCAUCCCUCUAAUUGGAAAGCAAGCCCUCGUACAAGAUUUCUUUCUGUUGCCUGCCCAGUCUAUGAUAUCCGUUAAGUGCUCUUCUUUUCACUUUAAAUCAAAUUGCUUGCUGAUGGGAGAUGCUGCCCAUGCCAUAGUGCCCUUUUUCGGGCAAGGAAUGAAUGCGGGCUUUGAAGACUGCUUGGUAUUUGAUGAAUUGAUGGAUAAAUUCAAUAAUGACUUUAGUAUGUGUCUUCCAGAAUUCUCAAGAUUUAGAGUUCCAGAUGACCAUGCAAUUUCAGACCUAUCCAUGUACAAUUACAUAGAGAUGCGAGCACACGUCAACUCAAGGUGGUUCAUCUUCCAAAAGAACAUAGAGAGACUUCUUCAUGCUAUUAUGCCAUCUACCUUUAUUCCUCUUUAUACCAUGGUCACCUUUUCCAGAAUAAGAUACCGUGAAGCAGUGCAGCAUUGGUACUGGCAGAAAAAGGUGAUAAAUAGAGGACUUUUUCUCUUUGGAACACUGAUAGCUGUCAGUGGUACUUACCUACUUAUGCGCUACAAAUCACCGAGACCCCUGGACUACUUGAGAAGACCAUCAGAGUGGGUCACUUACUUCCAGAAUACAGGACAUGUUUCCCUGUAA